UUGACACUUUCGUUUUCACUUCUCCGGUAGAAACUGAACUGAUGUUGUUGUAGCUGGUAGACAGAACAGACAUGGCAGGUUUAGAGGUGUUAUACACCUGUGUCGCGGGCAGCAUCAGCUGUCCACAGGACGCCGUGGUGUGUUUCGUUCACUGGGAAAUGAUAAAGAACGGAUUCAGGUGUGUCGGGUCCGGAGACGUGCCCCUCAGCAGUGAUAAGAAGUCCGAGCUGCUGCCCGCAGACUGGAGCAGCAACAAGGAGUUGUACAGUCUGCGAUAUAAACCCAGCGACAGUGACACACAGUUGUUGCUCAAAGCCAUCUCUGUCGACUCCACGUUGAUCUUCAACCUGAUGAACUCCAGCACGCAGCAGGUGUCAGACCUGACGGUGAACAUCAGCGAUCACGUGAACACCGAGCAGCUGCGCACAUUCGACAGUGUGUUCAAAGAUGCAGACAGUUUGUCAGAGAAGGUGAAGACUCAGCUGCUGCCCCCCCAGGACAGACCGACGGGGCAGAGGGCAGAGAAGACGAGGCGGAGGGAGGAAGAGGAGGAGGAGCAGAGAAGAAGAAGAGAGGACAGCGACCCCCUCCGCAUGCCCAGCAGACAUCCUCGCCAGGGAACGCAGCCACACUGGCCUGACCCCAUGGUUCCUCCGUUCGCAGCUGGAGGAGCAGAUCUGGAUCCCUUUGGGUCUCGUGGCGGUGGCGGGAUGAUAGUCGACCCAUUGAGGUCGGGGUAUCCUCGCUCUGGUUUUGACCCCUCCAGCGGGAUACCAGACAUCCUGCCUCCUGGAGCCGUUCCCCCGGGAGCUCGCUUCGACCCGUUCGGACCCGUCGGACGACACCGACCAGGGCCGGACCCCGACCACAUGCCCCCGCCCGGCUAUGACGACAUGUUCAUGUAGUACCAGCCGUGUUUCCCGCUCUGCUCACAGCUGUGUCCUCCUCGAGGGAGGGGCUCGCUCCAGUUUAGUGACCCUCAAAAAUUAACAUUUUUGCCUUUUUAUUUUUUCCUGUUUUUUUUGGGGGGGGGGGUUUCUAAUUGUUCAUUUCAUAUAACUAAUGUAAAGCUCAUGUAUAUAACUUGUGUAGAAGAAACAUACAUCAGCAAACAAAUAUAAGCCACACUGAAGAUAUUCACUUCAAAAUAAAAGAUGUUUUUGACAUUAAAUUAGAAGAAAACUUUAUUUUGAAGUUAAAAAAACUUGCCAGACAGAUUGAAACACCCACACACUGGAAAACCUUUAUAACGACAUCUGAACAUUUUCUGAACAUAAUUUUUUUGUACAGAGACAUAUGGUGACGCAGGGAGGUAACGUUUGUACGACCUGUCGAUUUGUCACACUCUCAUACAUUCAGCUAUAGUCUCUCCUUCAUCCUUCAAAGUAAAACUCCUCCUUCCUCUGCUUCCUAAACAACAGAAGAAAGACUAAGUCUGUUCAGAUUCUCCUCAUCACAUUAAAAUGCAUUUGUUGUUAUAAUUUAUUCAGAAAGGAGGAAAUCUUCUGGAAGUUCUUGUAUUUUGUGGACGUAUUAAAAAAGCUUGAAAUCUGAUAAUUAACAGGUUUUUCUUUUGUUUGAUUUAACAACGAAGUUGAUGAAUGACCUGAAGCCAAAACACUCAAAUAAAAAUCUUAGACUUCA